AUGAACGAUAAAGGGAUUCAAGUUGCAAUUGGAUCAAAACGUAGAGAAACCAGUGCUGGUGGUGAAACCGAGACAACAUCACAAAUAAAGACAGAGGAUCGAGGGACGCAAUGUGGAACGGCGUUAAGUUGCAGCUAUGGACGCAACCGCGAACACCAAAAAUGGUGUUAUGACGAUCUAGUAGCGCGUAUGCAAGAUAAAGAACUGUUUGUGUAUUGGCUAAUGGAGGAAGGACUUUUGGCGAAGGAACGUUUGUGCCCGAUUUGCGCUGGAGAAAUGAGUUUGAGUAGGUGCGAGGAUCGAUCGGAUGGUUUCAAGUGGGAAUGCAGAAAACAAGUUAACUUUAAGAAACACAGGGCAGAGUUGUCGAUACGGAAAGAUAGCUGGUUCGAAAAGAGCAGGAUGACGUUAGAAGAAAUUCUGAAGUUGACUUAUUGGUGGUGCCAGAAUCUCGAUCAGAGACAAAUUAAACAUGAACUUGGACUUGGAGAAAGCACGGGGGAGGACUGGGACAGUUUCUGUCGCGAAGUAUGCGAAAUAACACUUCUUGAAAAUAGCGAAAAACUAGGCGGAAAAGGAAAGGUUGUUCAGAUAGACGAAAGUAAAUUUGGCAAAAGAAAGUACCACAGAGGACAUCACGUUGAAGGGCAGUGGGUGUUUGGAGGUAUAGAGGAGUCA